AUGUCCCGCAGCUUGCUCGCCAGUUCCUCCUCGCGAGCCUGUACACCAACACGUUACACUGUAAAGUACUUCUACAGAUGCACACCGUCCUUCACUUUCAUAUAUUCCGAGAGUGGGGCAGUACAACACACGUGCGACUCCACACUCGACAUUGAAUUUCCAUCUCUUCCUUAUCUUGUCCUAAAUAUUCAAUCUAACAAAGAGGUAACAAUACAACAUUACUCUCAACAUUUAGUUUACAUUACCCGCUCGUAA